AUGGACAAUGAUGAGCCUCUUGAGCCUGAGACAAAAGAUGAACCCGAAACCGAACCAGCGCCACAGAACAGUGAUGAAACCCUCUACUGUGAGGCCGAGGCCUCCGGGGCUGUGGAAAAAGAGAAGGCAGCCUGGGAGAGCUCAGAAACCGACCUGGAGAUCGAAGAUACGGAGAAAUUUUUCACCACUGGACAAAGGGAGCUAUACCUGGAGGCCUGCAAACUGAUGGGCGUAGUGCCUGUCUCCUACUUUCUUCGGAAUAUGGAGGAGUCCUACGUGAACCUCAACCACCAUGGGCUGGGCCCCAACGGUACCAAGGCUGUUGCUACAGCCCUGGUGUCCAACACGAGUGUCGUCACGCUGGAGCUGGCAGACAACUGUCUCAUGGAGGAGGGCCUCCUGAGCCUGGUGGAGAUGCUUCAGGAGAAUUACUACCUGCAGGAGAUGAAUAUUUCCGACAAUGAUCUUGGCUUGAAGGGGGCCAGAAUAAUCUCAGAAUUCCUUCAGAGAAAUACCUCUUCGCUCUGGAACCUCCAGCUUUCAGGAAAUAACUUCAGGGAUGAAUCCGCAGAAUUGUUGUGCCAAGCCCUGUCGGCCAAUUACCAAAUCAAGACGCUGGAUCUCAGCCACAACCAGUUCUCUGAUAAGGGAGGAGAGCACGUGGGCCAGAUGCUGGCCCUCAAUAUAGGGCUCCAGUCCCUGGAUCUGAGCUGGAAUCACUUCUGCAUACGGGGAGCUGUGGCCUUGUGCAAUGGUCUCUGGAAACUGGAUCUCUCUAUGAACGGCUUUGGGAACGAGGGGGCUACGGCCCUAGGGGAGGUCCUCAGACUCAACAACUCCCUGGUCUACCUAGACAUCAGCAGCAAUGGCAUCAGCAACGACGGAGUCUCCAAAAUCAGCAAAGGGCUGGAGGUCAAUGAGAGCCUCAAAGUUCUGAAGCUUUUCCUGAACCCUAUGAGUAUGGAUGGGGCUGUUUUACUUAUCCUGUCCAUCAAGAGGAACCCCAAAUCCAAGAUGGAAGAGAUCGACAUUUCCAAUGUGCUGGUGUCUGAGCAGUUCCUAAAAAUAUUGGAUGGGGUGUGUGCCAUCCACCCCCAGCUGGAUGUGAUAUACAAGUCAGUGCAAGGCUUCUCUGCCAAGAAAGCACUCCUCCAGUGGACGAACCCCAUGAAAUUGAUCCAGAGCUAUGCCGACCAGCACAGAAUCACAGUGGUGGACUUCUUCAGGAGCUUGAACCCUAAAGGAAUGAUGACGAUGCCUGUGGGCGACUUCCGGAAAGCUAUGGUACAGCAGGACAAGGUCCCCGUAGACCUGUACCAAGUCAGGGAGCUGGUAAAGAAGCUGGAUGACAAGAGAGGCGGGGUGAACUUCAGCCAUGGGCUGCUGGCUGCGGGGCCAGACUCUGGGGACACAGUGGGGUGA